AUGUACCUCCCCAAUGUAGGCAUCAAAAUCGCCGCAAAAACGUUUUUGUUCCCGUACAUCCCCCGUCCCAAACUCAAGCAACUACUACAGCCAUCAGCAGCGGAUUCUUCGAGGCAUCCUAUUCGCCAAGACCUAAACUCAACGACCCCAGCCGACGUAUCUGCUUUCGUAAGAUUUGGACGUGCACACAGAUCCCAACUUCUGCCUAUUUACGACGACCUGCAGAUGCGUAUCGCACUUCGCCUACUGCCUGUACGAUCACGCUUCUGGUUUCUUAUGCAACAAGACCCGACCGUGCAACAGUGUCCAUACUCGACAUGCAACAACAUCGAGACAGCGAAACACCUCUUCAUGGAGUGCGCGAAAUCAAAGGCCGAAUGGGCCACGGUAUGGAAGGACUGGAGUCGCUUCCUUGUGGGCCCUCUCACGUGGACCAGCCUGGUAUUACCGCAUAAACAACAAGUGGCUGCGUGCUGGUACCAAUAA